AUGAGGCUGUUUCUACUGGUGCUAUCUGCUGCACUCGCAAAUGCAGUACCCCAGGAGAUACCCUGGUCACCACCUGGGCCAAACGAUGUCCGCAGUCCAUGCCCGGUGCUGAAUGCACUCGCCAACCAUGACAUUCUCCAACACAAUGGAAAAGAUAUUACCGAGCAAGAUACAAUUCGUGCAAUGGACGCUCUACAUGUGGAUAAAGAGCUUUCGGAAACACUCUUCGCAGCGGCAUUGAAGACGAACCUCAAACCUAAUGCGACUACCUAUUCUCUCGACGAUUUGGAUCAUCACAACAUCAUAGAGCACGAUGGCAGUCUGAGCCGCGGAGACUACUACUUCGGAGACAACCAUUCCUUCAACCAGACCCUUUUCGACCAAGUGAAGUCAUAUUGGACCGAACCCCUAAUCGACCUGCAUUUAGGAGCGAAAGCCCGUCUAGCAGGGGUAAACAGGUCCAAGGCUACCAACCCUACCUUUGACCUCUCCGGGUUCCGUCUUCGGUUCAGCUAUGCACAGACAGCUACUUAUAUCCUUGUAUUCGGUGACAAGAUCUCGGGAACUGUUAACAAAACCUGGAUCGAGUACCUAUUUGAAAAAGAACGGCUUCCGGUCGAGCUUGGGUGGGAAAAGAGGGAAAACAUCAUAACCACAGCCGACCUCGAUAGUAUGAUCGAGAGGGUUAUGAAAGCUACAAAGGAAAUUGAAACCUUACAAGAGGCAUGAUGCAUGACGGUCGCAGAUAGUCUGUUUGGGAUGAAGGGCGCAUAUAUUAAUUCAGCUUGAUCGGAGAAGGAAGAUCGUGUGUAGAAGUCUGACGAUUUUGAUAUUUCUCUGGUAAAACUCUCUAGUCACAUUGUUGAUCAGACCGAUGUUUGCGUAUCUCGGUACUCUAUUGCAAAGUCUCAUGUUCCACAUCUCCAAGGCGAGUUUGUAGUUGCCCCCUGAACCGCAGGUAUCGGUGCUAGUUCCUAAUUAAAAACGUUCAUUGCUAUA